AUGGAAGAUGCAGCCGAGUCCCUGUCCCCGACACACCUGACCGACGUUGACCCCAUCCCGACCGGAACCGGAAUGGCUAGCUCGGAGGUCUCAACCUCGGAUGUCUCAAGCUCGGAAGAGCAUACAACCCGCGAUACAGCAGAUCUGCCCCAUCUCGUCAUCCAGUUGAUACAGUGCCAACAUUGCUCCCGCCCUUUGCGAAGUCCGCUCCGUUUGCCAUGCGGGAAUUCGGUCUGUCGGGAAUGUUUACCCGCCCCUCGGUCGCGGACGGGUAUUACUUACCCCGUGGCUGAGGGGAGGGACCAGGAAUUUACAUGUUUUUGGAAAGGAAACAAGGCCUGUGUUGGAGAUCAUUGUGUUGGAGAUUGUGGCGCUGACGUGUUGCUUGGGAAGUUGGUCGGACUUUUUGGAGAAAUACUGGGGUCAGAGGCAAACAAUGUGCCUAGAGAUUGGUCCCGGGAUCAUGGACCUCUACUGCAGUGGAAAUUUGAUGGACAAAAGCAAAACGGAAGUGUACAGUUGCAGCGGUAUGGGUGGCUACAGGGUAUUUAUAGCAUGGCACUCGAAGGCCGGUUCCCAUCUGAUGCAUGCGAGGUUAUCUAUGGAGAUUCGACAAGCCCAGGCGGAAGCACAGAAGUGCAGGAUCUCAUUCACUUCCAAACACUACGAGACAGUCUACGCACCGAGCUAGAUUGCCAGGUUUGCUAUGCACUCGUGCUGGACCCGAUGACUACACCUUGUGGCCACACCUUCUGCCGAAAAUGUGUCGCGCGGGUCUUGGACCAUACUGAUCUGUGCCCCAUUUGUCGCCGAAAGAUAGGAAUGCCGAAUGAUCUACAGUCAGAGCCCAUAAAUCAGACUGUGGCGCGGCUGAUCGACUACUUUUUCCCCGACCAGAUCUCAGUCAGGCGGGAGACCAGCACCCAGGAUGAGACAGGCCCGGAUCACGAGAAGAACUUACCGCUUUUUGUGUGCACGCUAUCAUUUCCAACAAUGCCGACUUUCCUUCAUGUCUUUGAGCCCAGGUACCGACUUAUGAUUCGGCGGGUUCUCGCAAAUGGAGAUGGAAAAUUCGGCAUGGUCAUGUACAACCGGCAAAGCCGGGUACUGCCAGGCCAACUGGAUGAUAUACCGUUCGUACAAUACGGAACGCUCUUGAUGAUUGAACGAUAUGAGCUGCUUCCGGAUGGUCGUAGUCUUGUGGUGGCUACAGGCGUGUCGCGGUUCAAGAUCGUCGACUCGGCAAUGCUUGAUGGCUAUUAUGUUGCCAAAACAGAGCGCAUAGAUGAUAUCUCACUCGCAGAGGAGGAGCGGCUUGAGUCUAUGGAGACCUCAACAGACGGUGUAAAUGCUCUACCAGAAGAAAAUGAAUCUAAUCCUUCGUUGGACUCAAUACCGACUCAGCAGUUACUCCUCUCAGCAAGAGAGUUCAUCGCCAAUCAGCGCAGAUCUGGGGCACCUUGGCUGCAUCCGCGUGUCAUGCUAGCAUAUGGUCCCAUCCCCACAGAUGCAGCCCGCUUCCCAUGGUGGUUUGCAAGCAUUUUGCCCAUUUCCGAAGAAGAGAAAUAUCCCAUACUCGCCGCCACAAGUGUCCGAGAGAGACUGAAAAUCUCGGCAAAAUGGGCGAGACAGCUCGAGGCCCGAGACUGGUAG